AUGCACCACCCGUAUUUAGAUUCAGAAAGCUAUGUUCUUUUUUACAGAGCCAAAUCAAUCACUAAAUUAAUUGGACCAGCCGCUACAAAGGCGUUACCCAAUACAAAUCAAGGCAUAGAAAAGCUGGAGUGGAAAAGAAUCUUUCCUCGCCUUUUCCUUCAGGCGGCAAAAUGGUAUCAGUUAAACAGUCAAAGCGCAUCCCAACCUGACUACCUGUAUACUGAGUACUGCUGA